UGGGAGACCAGAUAUAGUGAAUGCAGGGUCCUGGGGAGACCACAUAUAGUGGAUGCAGGGUCUGGGGAGACCAGAUAUAGUGAAUGCAGGGUCCUGGAGAGACCAGAUAUAGUGGAUGCAGGGUCUGGGGAGACCAGAUAUAGUGAAUGCAGGGUCUGAGGAGACCAGAUAUAGGAAUGGGGGGGAGACCAGAUAUAGUGGAUGCAGGGUACGGGGAGACCAGAUAUAGUGGAUGCAGGGGUCCGGGGAGACCAGAUAUAGUGAAUGCAAGGUCCAGGGAGCGUGGAUAUAUUGAAUGCAGGGUACGGGGAGACCAGAUAUAAUGAAUGCCGGGGAGACCAGACCAGGAUAUAGUGGAUGCAGGGUCCUGGGACA